UGGUUGUCUGUGUUGUUUUAUUACUCUUAAAAUACAAACACCCCAUGGAUACUGCCACUUAGUUAUCUAAAACUCUGGCAAGUGUUUAGGUCAUAUUGUAAUUUCAUUUCUAAAACUGAAACUAAAACUAUGAUUGCAGAUAAUUUUGUGGCACUAUUUGCUUGUGUUUUGAGUUCAACUUUUAAAGUCGCAGUUGGCUCCACGGACCGUCAGCAGGUAUGGAACGCGGGUACCUCUGCCGUGACGUCAAACAGCUGGCGAAGUGGUGGCGAGUAUAUCAUCAAACAAGCAAACACAGUUGACAAACGUGGUUGGUUAGGCGGUGAUGAAUUUGUUGUUGGUAAACCAAUAGCCACUAGGAGCUGUGCUACUCUGUCCUGUGAGAAUGGCAAGUGUCGUGAGAUGGGUAACGGUUACGCCCAGUGCGUCUGUAACCCUGGUUUCUACAUAUCCCCGACAGACCGCACCAAGUGCAUACACAGCGGAUGUUUGUUGACGGGUUGUAAGAAUGGCAGGUGUUACAGGGAGGUGGACGGAAAAUACAAGUGUCAGUGUCUGCCCGGAUAUCAGCUGGCCGUAUUAUCGAAGUUCGUCUGUGAAGCCAAAUCGACAACAUCACCACAGGUCUCCACGUGUUCUGUGUGCAUCAACGGACGCUGUGUUGAUCUAGACGGCGACGGGAACACAGAUUUUUGUCAUUGUAACGACGGCUUCCGGAAAGACCGCAGCGACCCCUACAAAUGCGUCAGGGCUCAAACUAUCAUAUCAGUUUGUCAGCGACUAGGAAGAGGUGUGUGCUUGAACGGCCAGUGUGUCGAUAUAGGUCCCACAUACAGGUGUAUUUGUAACCAAGGCUACACUCUGUCCAGAAACGGAAAACAUUGCACACCGAAGCAGCAAACGCAGUCCCCAUCGCCGUGGUGGAACUUAUUUGGAAGUAAUAGCGGCCAAUUGAUGAAUAUGAUGUUUUGGUACAUGUUCAUGGACCGAUGAUGCGAACAACAGCAAGUCAAAUGUGGAACGGGACAUGUUAAAUUAGUAACAAAAUAAUUGAAAUCCAUUAACCAGAUUUAAUAAAAAAAAUUCAGUGCAUGCUGGCUCCAUGACCAGAUUGUGCUAUAGUAAAAUGUACGAAGCGAAUUUUUAUAUAUCACAAAAUACAACUUUGCUCAACAUCACUUCUAUCCCUUAAAUCGAAAUUUGUUUAAUGUAUACAUAUUGUGCAUAAUUUUGUUUAUCGCGUUUAACAAAUUAAACACAAUGUGUAUA